AUGGACUCUUCAGCGCAGACUGGUAGCCCGUCUACCCUUUCACUACUUACAUUUCGCAACUUGGUUUUGGCUUUCAUUGGAUAUGUUGUUGCUCGUGUCAUUUAUCAAAUCGUCUACUACAGAUGGUUCCAUCCUCUGUCCAAGUUUCCAGGUCCUUUCUGGGCAAGUGUAACAAGAUUAUGGAUUGCAUACCACAACCUGAAAGAAGAUGAGCCUAUGGUUGCCUUUGAGUUGCAUAAAAAAUAUGGCCCGGUCAUCAGAAUCACUCCAACACUUCUGCUAGUCAGUGACGCCAUGAAACUACCUGAGAUCUACAACCGUCAGGCGAACAAGUCCAAACACUACAUCUCUGGAAGUUUCGGUAAUGUCGAGAGCUUGUUCAACAUGCAAGACUGGAAGACACAUGCUCGCUUCAGAAAAGUCGCUGCUGGAUCUUAUAGCUUUUCAAACAUCAAGAAAAUGGAGCCGCUGGUAGAUCUACGCAUCAAUGACUGGAUCAACAAGCUCUCCACAUCUUUUGCAAAGACUGGAAAGAAGUUCGAUUUUGCUCCUUGGGCCGUAUACAUGGCCUACGAUGUCAUCUCUGAAGUUGGAUUUGGUGCUCCUUUUGGUUUCAUCGAAUCUGGUUCCGAUGUUGCCGGCUUAAUUCAAGGCUUCCAUGAAGGCCUUGUUCCUUUCGGACUCAUGGCUCGUCUUUACCCCUUUACCAACUGGGUCAAGAGCACUAGCUUUGGAGACAAGCAUCUUGUCGCUAGACCUGAGCAGGAGAGUGGUAUUGGUACGCUCAUGCGUUUCCGUGACAAGUUGAUUGAGCAAAGGAGAAAAGACAUUGAGGCUGGCAACACUAAUGGCAGGAUCGAUUUGCUUCAGACCUUCAUCGACGCUCGUGACGAAAAGGGUGAACCCCUGGAUCCAGAGUACAUCAGAGCCGAAAUCCUUCUCGUCCUCCUCGCAGGUGCCGACACCACGGGCACAGCAAUCCAAGCACUUAUCAAGGACAUCCUCACUCACCCCACCGUCUACGCAAAACUCAUGACUGAGGUGGACGCCGCCACUCGCGCAGGUCACCUCUCACCAAUGCCCCAAUACAGCGAAGUCACAGAACACUGCCCCUACUACAUCGCCUGUAUCAAAGAAUCCAUGCGCCUAACCCCCUCAGCACCAAACAUUUUCCCCCGCCUGGUCAACAAAGGCGGCAUGGAUCUCUUCGGCAAAUACGUCCCUGAAGGCCUGGAAGUAACCUGUAACCCAUGGAUCGUGCACCGCGAUGAAAACAUCUACGGCCCUGACGCUGGUGUUUUCCGUCCUGAGCGUUGGUUGGAAGAUGAUGAGAAGACUCGCCAGUACAACAAGUAUAAUAUGGCGUUUGGAUAUGGAGCGAGAGUUUGUCUGGGUAGAGAGAUUGCGAAUAUGGAGUUGUACAAGGCGCCAUUGCAGUUUUUCAGAAUGUUUGAGCCGGUGUUGGCGAACAAGGAGGAGCCUGGGAAGUACUUGAUCAAAGGAGGGGUGAGCUACUUCACAGACAUGUGGAUGAAUAUCGAGGAGAGAAAGGUUGUUGGUAAAGAGUAA